AUGGCUGCGGCAGCCGCUCCGCCGCCGCCAUCAGCGCUGAGAUUGCUGGACGACUGGCCCGCAGGCGAGGCUCCGCAGAGCUUAGGGGAGGGCUGCGUGGACUUCACCGCCGCCUGCGACCAGCACGACUUGUGCUACCGUGUCGUUGGGGCGGACAAGGGCGCCUGCGACAAAGCGUUCCUGGAUGCGCUGCUUGCAGAGUGCGACCGGGCGCUCAGGUGUGUGGCCGCCGACGUUCCCAUCCCGGGAGACGUUCUGUGCGGGGAAGGCGGCGGCGGCGGCAACCCGCUGCGGGGCGCCUGCGCCAGCCUGGCCCAGCUGUAUUUCGAGGGCGUGGACAGGCUGGCCGGCGAUGCGUUCCAAAUCGACCAGGAGGAGCAGAAGCAGCAUGUGGCGCAGUGCCAGGCGGGUGCGCGGUGA